AUGCAACUAUUCAAAUUUGUUGAGCUAGCUGUUGUUACAGUAGUGAUGGCAACCACUACGUUCAUAUCAAGCAUAGCACCAAUCAAAUUCCUCAAUUUGUCAAGUGCCAACCUCAACUACUUGACCAACUUCAGUAUGGGGAUACUAGUUGGCACUGCACUACUUAUAGUACUACCGGAGGGAAUACAAGUAUUGAGUGAAGGGAUGUACGGAUUGACCUCAUUCACCGUGGGAGUGCCCAUUUUGAUUGGGGUUGUAUUGAUGUUCACCAUUGACAAGUUUGUUGCACAUAAUGAUAAGGAACUAUACAAUUCUCCACCUGGAUACUCAGAUGCAACCACAACAACAACAACAACAACAACAACAACACUUGGAGAGGCGAGGGUGGGUGGAUCCAUUGCAAAUUCAAUCCUUCAAUCGUCAACAACACUUGGUUUGCUUGUCCACGCAGCUGUCGAUGGUGUUUCAUUAGGCUCCUCAUUUGCCAACAAGGACUCAACAUUACAAUUUGCCAUGGUGAUUGCCUUAAUCAUCCACAAGAUCCCCACUGCAUUCAGUCUUGGAACGAUAUUAAGCAAAGAAGGCAUGCAGGAUAACUUGAUUUUGAUCCAUCUUGGAUUGUUUGCAUUGCUGACACCAAUACUGACGUGGGUUACAUUUGCAAUCUUGGCCAUGUCGUCAACACAGAUCCAAUUUUUCACUGGUAGCUUGCUAUUGUUUUCAUCAGGUACGUUUUUGUAUGUCGUGUACCAUGUGGUUCAUGAGUUUGAAGAUGGGUUGGUGCAGGAGGGAGAUGGUUUUGGAGGGGGAGGAUCUAGUGGAAGUGAAAAUACAUUGGUUGAUAAACAGGCUAAGAAGAAGAACAUAUUUGUGGCUAUAGUGGGACUUGUGAUUCCAUUGCUACUAAGCUUAAUAAAGGAAGAGUAA